AUCCCUAUUCACCCUGCCUGCUAAGGAUCGCAGAACAACCCUUUUAAACAAUAGACACUCACUCAGAGAAACCCCUCUUCCCCCUCCUCCUCCUGAAAUUGUGUGCAUUCCAGAGGCGAGAGGGAUUUCAGCGCUAUCGCUCCACAACGUGCACCGCUUGACUGCCUUGACAGAGAGAAGGCAAGUCCACUAGAUACUCCUAUUGUUAAGGUAGGGCUGCCAGAGAGGCAAGGCUGCUCUGCUCUCUGUGUGUUGGAUGACUGGGGCUUUCCCUCCUCUUCUUAUUUCUGUCGCAUUUUUGGACAGACUGGGUUGAAUAAUUUAUUGUUGCUGGUGAGAAGGAAGGAGCGGUAUGGCUGGAAAGAGGUGACUACUGCCUCUGGAAAGAGGUGACUACUGCCUCUGGAAAGAGGAGGUGACUACUGCCUUUGGUGGAUGCUUGUAUUUUUUUUCUCUUUGUCAUGGUCAACAGUGUUGUCACUGGUCAUGCUAACAUCUUGGUAGGGGGUUGUGAAGAGUGGAGCCACCUCCAACUGCUACUCUCCCCAGCUGGAGGAGCUUCUGACUGGGCUACAGAGCUUGAUCUGUGAUGUAAAUCAUCUCAUCCUUCACUCCCCUGUUUCAAGCUACUGUGCAGGACAGAAAAGGCCGUUUUCAUGAAUCAAUAUUCGCUAGCUGAAGCCAUGACAGACAAAGGAAACUUCACGGUUCCGAAGCUGCUCCCGGAAUCCAACAUGGUGUUCGGAGUUCUAGGUGUGUUCUUGGGUCUACUCCUUGAGGUUUCUACACACGGACCCCACAGCAUUCCCCGGACCUCUUGGAAACACGAAGAGCUCAAGUUGGUGGAGUUCUCUGAACCCGGCAUCUUCAACUAUUCCACUCUGUUGUUGAGUGAGGAUAAGGAUGUGCUGUACGUGGGAGCGAGGGAGGCCAUCUUUGAACUCCGCAUGACCAAUGUGUCAAUCAAGAACAACAAGGUUCAAUGGAAGGUCCCUGAAAACCACAUGACGAUGUGCAUCGUAAAAGGRAAAUCUAAAGAGACAGACUGUCUAAACUACAUCCGGGUGUUACAAGUGUUGGACGACAAGCGCCUGUAUGUCUGUGGGACACAUGCCUUUCAGCCUGUCUGUCACUACCUGUCCCUAAAGGAUUUCAGUCUGGAGGGUCCAGCGGAGGAUGGGAGAGGGAAGUGUUCCUUUGACCCAUCUCAGAGCUUCACAACGGUCAUGGUUGAUGGGGAACUUUACUCUGGAACAUCGUAUAACUUCUUAGGAAGUGAGCCGAUCAUCUCCAGAUAUUCUCUUUCACAGAGUCUGUUGCGGACAGAGUAUUCAACAUCUUGGCUGAACGAACCCAGUUUUGUUUUUGCUGAUGUCAUCAGAGAGGGGAAGAACAGUGCAGAUGGCGAGGACGAUAAGAUCUACUACUUCUUCACUGAGGUGUCUGUGGAGUACGAGUUCUUUGGCAAGCUGCUCAUCCCCAGGAUAGCACGCGUCUGUAAGGGGGAUCUGGGGGGCCAGCGGACGUUACAGAAGAAAUGGACCAGUUUCCUGAAGGCCAAGCUGGUGUGUUCCAUGCCAGAGCUCAACUUUGUGUUCAACGUGGUUAAUGACGUGUUCAUACUGAAGACUGCUGACUGGAGAGAGACUGUCAUCUACGGAGUGUUCACAUCCCAGUGGGGAAACGUAGGGCUGUCUGCAGUGUGUGCCUACGACAUGUUGUCAGUAGAAAAUGUAUUCUCCAAGGGGAAGUACAUGCAGAAAGCCACAGUGGAACAGUCUCACACCAAGUGGGUGAGGUACAACGGGAUCACUCCCACCCCUCGCCCAGGAGCUUGCAUCAACAACCACCACCGUCUCCAGAACAUCAGCAGCUCUCUCCACCUGCCUGACAAGACCCUGCAGUUUGUUAAGGACCAUCCUUUACUGGAAGACCCCGUCCUUCCCAUCGGCAACGGGCCCAAACUCAUCACCAAGGACGUCAGCUACACCCAGAUCGCUGUGGAGAGGGUGCAGGCGCUGGACAACAAUUUAUAUGACGUCAUAUUCACUGGGACCGAUAAAGGAAUCCUGCACAAAUCGGUGGUGUAUGAUGGGCUGGUCCAUACAGUGGAAGAGAUUCAGCUUCUCCACAAGUCUGAGCCUAUCAAAACCUUGCUUCUGUCAUCACAAGGGACGAGGUCCCUGUACGCUGGCUCGGACUCGGGCGUGGUGCAGUCUCCUACUGCGUUCUGUGACAAGUACCCAUCCUGUUCAGACUGUAUCUUGACCCGGGACCCUUACUGUGCCUGGGACCCAGAUUCUUCCACCUGUGUCAACAUCUUCCACACCCAGGGCCUCACACACCGGAACUUGAUCCAGAGCCUUAACGGGGAUGCAGACAAGUGUCCCUCAGUGCCAGGGCUCUCCGUGGAGAACUACCAGCGUGUGACAGUUAAACCAGGGAGUUCAGCUGAGCUGCCAUGCCUGGUUCAGUCCAACCUGGCCGUGGUGGUCUGGAAGCAGAACAGCAGCACCAUGACCGAGGCCUCCAAGUUCCACCUGAUGGGUGAGACGGGUCUGCUCAUUUACAGCGUGGCCCCAGAGGACCACGGCCUAUACGAGUGCUGGUCACUGGAGUGGGCCCCUGUUGCAGGGAAGAACUUCAGCCGCCUCCUGGCUGGGUAUGUCCUAGACGUGGAUGUCCCCAGGAGGCCUUCACCGCGAGGCCACCCCCCUCAGACCGCCAGCACCCUCGGCUCCGCUCACCCCCACCACCAGUCCACCGCUGCCACUGAAGGUAAUAACGGUAACACCGUGAGACCCCUCCCACUAACUUCAGCCCCUCCCAGCUCCACCGCCCUCACCUCACCACCACCCACUCACAGCGCCUCGUCAUCACUAACCACGCCCCCCAGCAGCAGCAGCACCGCCAGGCUCCUUCCCCCCAGCUCCAGCGCUGUCCCGCUCCCAGAGACCCGGGACCCUGCGACAGAGUACCUCCAACACGACAACAGCAGUACUUUCUUCUUCCUCUUCCUCCUGUUCUUCCUCCUCUUCCUGGCUGCCCUGGUCUACAACUGUUACAUGCAGUACCUACCAGGGCCGUGUCUUCGUCUUCGUGCGGCUCUGCUGGGAAGCCAGAAGAAGCCCCAGUCCGAGUAUUUAGCCUGCGAGGCCGGCCUCAUGGAGCCUGUCACAGUAGACAAGCUGGACGUAAAGGAUCAGAUCCGCCUCUCUCAGAAUGGGGUACAGCCCCGAGCCCUGAGAGACACCGGCUAUGAGACCGAGCCAGAGUGUAGCAACGGCAAGAUCCCCUCUCGCAGCUACGGGGGAGAGGACAGUCCUUCUAAAGAGAAGCCCUUUGACGUGGACUGUGACUCACAGCCUAUUGAAUAUGCAGACGCAGAUCAAGAAGCAUCACCGUACUAAAAGAUGCACAUCUCAGCUUCUCUUUUUACUAGUGCAAGAAUAUUAAGGCUUGUUAUUUAUAGGGUUCUUCUCCCUUGCUGGCUCUCUCCACAUAGUGGGCCUAUACAUACAAACCUGUGUGUUAUACAUAAGCUCAGUGGCCACCUCUCUUUCAGAAGGACAGACUGAGGCAGAUUACUUCAGUUAUUAGGAGGUCAAGUCACACAUCCCGCUUGCCUUCAGAGAUUCUCUUACUCACUCUGGCUACCCCAAGAUCAAUAAAAUGUAGGACCUACUAACUAAAUAUUAAAAUCAUAGCCUAAUCUCUGUGCAAACCUGUAACCAUCUCGCUCUGCAUUUUUCCAGCAAGAAACGCUGAUUUUUAUUCCAAAUUGGAAACAUUGUUUACCAAAUUGGUAAGUUAACUUGUUUUCCAAAUUGGAGCCUUUUUCGUUAUUUUUUUGUACAAUGCGGGGAGCUUCUUCUUUUAACGGUGUUAAAACAUAACAUGGGAACUUCUUCUUCUAAGGCUGUUAAAACAUAACAUGGGAACUUCUUCUUCUAAGGCUGUUAAAACAUAACAUGGGAACUUCUUCUAAGGCUGUUAAAACAUAACUUGUUUGUUGUAUUUUUCUGAAUAUUCAGUGAAUAAGGCUAUUUGACAUAGUAGGUCAGCUGCUUUCCAUCUCAACUUAUAGGACGAGCUCCUAUAGAACCUCUAGGACAAUCUCCUCUAGAACCUAUAGUACCAUCUAAUCUAGAAUCUCUAGGAAGAUCUCCUCUAGAACCUCUAGGACGAUCUGUAAAUUCUCAGGGACGGUUUGUUAGUUCGCUCUAUGCCUUGUUCUCUGGUGGUGGUUAGAAAAAGCUAUGUUGAUAAACAGACAACCACUGGUGGCCAGUGACUGACUGAUGGAAAAGGUGUGGUGAGAUCUAUAGAUAUUUAUACAAUGGGUGGGUCUAAUCCUGGACGCUGACUGAUUAAAACCGCAUUCCAACCGUUGUCUAUUCCACAAGU